CAAAAUAACCAUUCUUGCACCUCGUCUGAACCUUUGGGUUCUCUACCAAGCAGCCUACUCAAAACCACUACUGAGGGUUAGUAGUACUGAGGGUUAAUACAGAAAUAGACAAAAUGGAGCUUUUCGGGCCACCACACCAGCAACCAAGAAGGACCCAUGCCACUCACAGGCACGAUCUCCUCCAGAGAUCGCCCACAUUGCAUCACUGCCACAGAAAGCCAGACCUUGGACUCUUGCCUUUCAACGGGCCCAUGUUCCAGAGCUGAGUCUUCUCCCCAUCAGACCUGGCUGGUGGGAGGGGCGUCUCCGUGGUGCUGCGCUCCUGAAGCCCGAAACAAAGGUCCGCGCAGGCGCCCUAGGGUUCUUUAGGGUCCCGACACUGUGGACAGAAGCAUACACUUAGGUGAAAAUUAGAGAGUCUGAAAAAGAUUGUGGACACAGCUCCAUCAGUCCCGAGAACGAACACGCGGAGCCCUCAGCUUCACGCAAGAGAAAUUUUUCACAAGGCUGCUCCCUACUUUAGGCCCUCAAACAAUGCCAUCCUCUUGCUCUACCUUAUCUUGGUCCGUGGAACCCGUGGUACUCUCCUCUAGGUCUCUUAAGUCUCCCCUAGACUAAAGAGGUCUCCAUGACUCAAGACCCACGUUUCAUUUGCCCCACUCUCUUCGUCCAUUUGGUGCACAGGAGAGCGUGGGAAAAUGGCGGCCUCGCGAGGUGUGAAGUGCCCGCCUGACAGCGACUGCGCAUGCCCAGAGGCGAGGCGCCCGCAGGCUUAGUACUAGCCCCGCCCCCGAAGUUCGAAGCACGCACGCGCGCAGUCGGGCGUCGCCCCCCCCCUCCUGCGCUGUAGCCACGGACGGGUAGCUGAGUUGACUCUGGGCGGUUUGCCAGGCUGUGUGGAGGAGCGCGAUGGCAAGGCGUCGGAUGGGGAUUGCGGCAGGAAGGAGCCCAGCGGUCGAGGCCUCCUGCGACGCCACCUCUUGAGCAGCCAUGGGAGCGUGGCUUCUACUCCCCGCGAUGCUCUACUACCUCGCAGGAACUGGCUGGCCGCGCUCCUCCCUGCUCAGUGACAAAGGCCUCGUGUACGGCAGGCUGGGGCACCCAGUGAAAAUAUAUGUAAAAUUACAUCAAAAUAGUCCAAUCCUUGUCUGUAUGGAUUCCCAUCGUGCAAGUGAAGAAACUGUAGACCCCACAUACUUAUGGAUUGGGCCUAAUGAAAAGAUGUUAACAGGAAACAAACAAUUCAAUAUUACAGAAACAGGAACCCUGAUUGUGAAGGAUUUCCUGGAGCUUCUGUCUGGACUUUACACAUGUACUCUUUCUUACAAGACGAUUAAGGCGGAGACCCAAGAAGAAACCAUAGAAAAGAAGAGAUAUGACUUCAUGGUCUUCGCCUACCGGGAACCUGAUUAUUCUUACCAGAUGGCUGUACGUUUCACCACGAAGUCUUGUGUAGGAACAUACAACAACCAGCUCUUCAGGCUGUUGAGGAAGAUCUUGAAUAAUUUAAUCUCUGAUUUGUCAUGCCAUGUCAUAGAAGCAUCAUAUAAAUGCCAUGUGGUUGAAAUUCCAGAAAAUGAUCUCAUGCAUGAGCUGUUCAUAGCCUUUCAAGUUAACCCUUUCGCACCCGGAUGGAGAGAUGCAUGUGGUGGAUCUGUUGAUUGUGAAGAUGUCACUAACCAAAAUAUCCUCAAGGCAAGAGAUCGGAUAGAAGAAUUUUUUCGGAGCCAAGCAAGUAUUUCCAGCCAUCGUUUCAAUAAAACAGUACCUGCUAUACACUUUGUGGACCACAGUUUUCACGUAGUCCGGAUAGACAGCUGCCGACCAGGCUUUGGAAAAAAUGAAGGUCUACACAGUAACUGCGCAAGCUGCUGUGUGGUCUGUAGUCCUGGGACCUUUAGCCCUGAUGUUGAUGUCACUUGUCAGAUCUGCAUUUCUGUUCAUAUCUACGGAGCUAAAUCUUGCCCAUAGACUUGGAAGAACAACCAGCAGUGUGAAGACCAGAAAAGAAAGCACUGUCCCUUGCUUUGGGAAGUAGGGGACAGAAGAUGACCAUUCACGUUCCGGACGACCCCAUACACCCAGAUCAGUCAGACCAAGACCUCGGGAAACACGCCUUUUGGAAACUCAGUUGACGUGGCCUUUCUAGGAAGGCACGUAACCCAGCGUCUCCAGUAUGAGGGAGUUUAAAUAGGAGCGGGUGAUUUUAAUGAGAGAUCUUUUGAUUUUUUUACAAACUGAAGCUGUUGCUCUGUACUCAGGACUGUACUAAGGUCAAGAAUGUAAUAUAAU